GGCCCUGCGCCGACCCCGCGCCGCCCCGCUCCCGCCCCCAAUCCGGGUCCGGGGCCUGGGCACCAGUGCGCUGCUGCUGGCCGAGAGAAAAUAAAGAUCUUUAUGCCUGUUCUGUGGUAGCUUGAGUUUCCCUCACUUUCUGCACAUGUCUUCAUGGGGAUUUCAAAGAAAGCCCGCAAAUAUACAGACAAGCAUGAGUGGAUAUCUGUUGAAAAUGGUAUUGGAACAGUAGGAAUCAGCAAUUUUGCACAGGAAGCAUUAGGAGAUGUUGUUUAUUGUAGCCUUCCAGAAGUUGGAACAAAGUUGAAUAAACAGGAUGAGUUUGGCGCUCUGGAAAGUGUGAAAGCUGCUAGUGAACUAUAUUCUCCUCUCACAGGAGAAGUAACCGAAAUUAACACUGCCCUUGCAGAUAAUCCAGGACUUGUCAAUAAAUCUUGUUACAACGAUGGUUGGCUUAUCAAAAUGACUGUGGACAGCCCUUCCGAACUUGAUGAACUGAUGAGUGAGGAUGCAUAUGAGAAAUACAUAAAAUCCAUUGAAGACUGACCCGGACCACUAUAAUAAACCAGCAUAAAACUUACUCCAGUGUAGUUUUGUUGCAAAUUAGUAGUGUACAGAAGGUCUCACAUUGGGUGGCUUGAAAAACUGUGUAUUGCAGAGAACUUGGAUAAUGUUUCAAGGGAAAAACACGACUUCUGCAUCCUGUACUAAAGAGCAAACUUUCAGCUGACCAUAAAUGACUGCAGAUAAAAAAAAAUUAACGUUCUCACCUUUUUGCACACCUGUUUUUUUAGUUUAUGUAUAUCUUUUCAACGUUUGGAACCAUAUCAUCUGGAGUAAAAUACAUGUCUAGUU